AUGUUUGUAUCUCUUAUUGUAUCACAAUUAAUUUUGUUAAUCAAAAUUGUUUCAGCUUUAGAAGUUGGCUCCAGCAAUAAUGUUGCCGUUUAUUGGGGUCAGAAUUCGGGAGGUUCGCAGGACAGAUUGAGCACCUACUGUGAAUCAGAUUCUGUCGACAUUGUCUUAUUAUCUUUUUUAAACAACUUUCCAAAUGAUUUCAACUUAAAUUUCGCUAACCAAUGUGGUAUGACUUUCGAAGAUGGUGUUUUACAUUGCUCAGCAAUUGGUGAAGACAUCAAGACUUGUCAAGCUGCCGGUAAGACUGUCUUAUUAUCGUUAGGCGGUGGUAUUGGAAACUAUGGUUUCACAUCAGACGCCGAGGCAGUAGACUUUGCUUCCACAUUAUGGAACAAGUUUGGUGCAGGUACCAGCGCUGAUGAAAGACCUUUCGAUGAUGCUGUUGUUGAUGGUUUUGAUUUUGAUAUUGAAAACAAUAAUCAAGUUGGAUAUGUCGCUUUAGCCAAUGAAUUAAGAACCUUAUUUGACCAAGAUUCAUCAAAGUCAUAUUAUUUAUCUGCUUCUCCUCAAUGUCCUUAUCCUGAUCAAUCAGUCGGUGACUUAUUAAGCAACGCUAACCUUGAUUUUGCAUUUAUUCAGUUUUACAAUAACUAUUGUUCUUUAGACCAAUCAGAAUUCAACUGGAAUACAUGGUCUGAUUUUGCAAAGUCUGCUCCAAAUGACGACAUUAAAUUAUUUGUUGGAUUACCAGGUGCUCCUGCCUCUGGAAAUGGAUAUGUUGAUGCCGCUACCGUUGCCAAGACUAUUGAUGAAAUUAAAUGUGAUCAAGCUCUAGGUGGAAUCUCCUUAUGGGAUGCAUCCUCUGCAUUUACUAACGUUAACGCUAAUGAUGUUAACUAUAUUGAACAAGUGGCAAGCAUUUUAAAUUCUGAAGAAUGUAGUGCAUCCAGUUCAAGUAGUGUUGCUUCGUCUCUGACAACGCAAUCAAGCUCUUCUUCUACCUCAAAUGAUAUGACAGCAAGUGCAACUUCUUCUAAUGAGAUUACUGGUGCCUCAAGUGCUCUGAGUCUUGUUUCAACUUUACCACAUUACUCGAAUGGUUCUGUUACAUCAGGUUUAGUUUCUUCUGAUGAAGGAACUACAGCUACUGUAACUGGUAUUCAAACAACUAUAAUCACCGUUACAAGCUGUUCUGAUAACCAUUGUUCAAAGGUUCCAAUCGAGACUGGUGUUACUGUUGUUACUGAAGGCUCUACUUCAUACACCACUUACUGCCCAUUAGACAAUACCCCAAGCACUGAAACAGUAUCAGAUGUUGCUACAACUGUGAUUACCGUUACCUCCUGUCAAGAUAACAAGUGUGAUUUUGCGACCGUAACUACUGGUCUUACUGUUGUAACUGAAUUUGACACCGUCUAUACUACCUAUUGUCCAUUGACUACUGAAAGUACUGCCCAAAACACAAUCACCAACUCUGCAUCUGUUACACAAAGUGACAAAACUAUUGCACACUCUACUGUUUACCCAACUUCUCAAAACCAAACUGUUGCAGCUAUCGAAACGUAUGCUGAAGGCAUGGGUAGUUUAGUUGCCGGUAGUUGGACUUUAGCAAUUGCUGCUAUUUUUGCUUCUUUGUUAUAG